AUGGGGGUCCAAUGUGCAGCUGCAUGCACCCUCACACCGCCCUGUAAUGAACUAAGAUUUGAGAAUGGAGUUUGUGAGUUAGGAAGAGUAUUCUGCUGGGGACCUCCUGGCGAACUUAUGAGUAUCUACCAAUCCGGACCUUGCCUUCCUAAGAAAGCUGGGGCUAACAGUACUAUUGGAUGUCCAGCUGAUGAAGUAGAUUGCACAGGAGAGGAUUUGAGAUUGGGAAAUAAUGCAACUACUUGGGAGGAGUGUGCAAUUCAAUGUUGGGACGAUGAAUUGUGUUUGUACUGGAGUUGGGAUAAUACAGAAAAUACUAGUUCUUUCCAAAUGUGCUAUAUCAAGAAUGGUUGCAACAGAAUGUCCUCUCAUAUCAACAGGAUAUCUGGAUCAUAUGACUGUGUACAUGAGAAGAACAUGGACAUGGACCUUGGCUAAUUCAAAAUCCACAUUCCAAAUUUUGAAAUAAAAGUUGGUUAUAAAAGUGGAAUGGCUGUUAAAUAAGCAACAAAAAAUCGCUAAGAUUCAACAAAAAGUCGCUUUUUUAGCAUCAAAAGUUGGAUAAAAGUCAAAUAAGCAAUCUUUUGUUAAAUCUAAGCAAUUCUUGGUACUUUUUCAAAAUUUAAAGUGAAUACAUAGGGUUGGGUAAAGUUAUUUUCACAAAUGGCAAAUUUAGAAAAUUAAUAUAAUGAACAAAAAGUAAAAAACACACAGUUUCAUUGAUGAAUAGUCUUCACUAAAAUUAAUUGGAAUAUAAGACCUUUAUGAACUGAAAAACAAGAUUAAAUUAGGUAAAUUAAUUUCAGUAGUUUUAUGGAUUAUUUUUAUUUGACAAAGAAGAAUCCAAGUUUACAGUUGCAGGGACCCAGGAAUCUAAGGAAAAAGACCAGAUAUAUUUUGUUCAAUCUUAUCUGAAGUCUCAUCCUGUGUUGGUGACCCUGUACAUUUCAUUAUGUUAAUUAAACUAUCUGUUAAAGCACAAAUUGUAAUAAGCCUCAAAGUGCCCAGCCCUAAUCAUGUAUGGACUCAGGCAUAAAAUGUUAUAUUAUGCCUUCGUAAACAGUAAACGUUGGAUACUUUUCAAAAGAUAUUUUCUCAAUAAUUCAUUUUGACAAAAUGCACUCAGCCGGAGAUGUUUAAAGGGAGAUGUUUAAAGAGAGGUGUUAAAAGGGAAAUAUUUAAAGGGAGAUGUUUAAAGGGAGAUGUUUAAAGGGAGAUGUUUAAAGCGAGAUGUUAAAAGGGAAAUAUUUAAAGGGAGAUGUUUAAAGAGAGAUGUUAAAAGGGAAAUAUUUAAAGGGAUAUGUUAAAGGCAGAUGUUUAAAGGGAGAUGUUUAAAGGGAGAUGUUUAAAGCGAGAUGUUGAAAGAGAGAUGUUUAAAGGGAGAUGUUUAAAGAGAGAUGUUUAAAGGGAGAUGUUUAAAGGGAGAUUUUUUAAGGAAGAUGUUUAAAGGUAGAUGUUUAAAGGGAGAUGUUUAAAGGGAGAUGUUUAAAAUGAGAUGUUUAAAGGGAGAUGUUUAAAGCGAGAUGUUUAAAGCGAGAUGUUUAAAGGGAGAUGUUUGAAGGGAGAUGUUUAAAGGGAGAUGUUUAAAGGGAGAUGUUUAAAGGAGAUGUUUAAAGGAAGAUGUUUAAAGGGAGAUGCUUAAAGGGAGAUGUUUAAAGCGAGAUGUUGAAAGAGCGAUGUUUAAAGGGAGAUGUUUAAAGAGAGAUGUUUAAAGGGAGAUGUUUAAAGGGAGAUGUUUAAAGUGAGAUGUUUAAAGGGAGAUGUUUAAUGGGAGAUGUUUAAAGGGAGAUGUUUAAAGUGAGAUGUUUAAAGGGAGAUGUUUAAAGCGAGAUGUUUAAAGGGAGAUGUUUAAAGGGAGAUGUUUAAAGGAAGAUGUUUAAAGGGAGAUGCUUAAAGGGAGAUGUUUAAAGGGAGAUGCUUAAAGGGAGAUGUUUAAAGGAAGAUGUUUAAACUCCCUUUAAAGGGAGAUGUUUAAUGGGAGAUGAAAGAAAGUAAUUCUUUGCAAAAAUUUUUUGAGAAGUGUCAAUUUGUCAAACACAAUUUAUAGUUUAAU